AUGCCCGGUUUGGAUACCGAUAUUGUGCAGCAUAAACUCCCUCUUAAACCAGAAUGCCUCCCGGUCAAACAGAAACUAAGAAGAAUGAAACCGGAGAUGUCCUUGAAAAUCAAGGAAGAAGUAGAGAAACAAUUUGAUGCAGGAUUUUUGGCUGUGGCAAAAUACCCGCAAUGGGUGGCGAACGUCGUACCAGUACCCAAGAAAGAUGGUAAAGUUCGGAUGUGCGUUGAUUACCGUGAUUUGAAUCGUGCAAGUCCAAAAGACAAUUUCCCACUACCGCACAUCGACACUCUAGUUGAUAAUACAGCCAAGUUUUCACUAUUUUCGUUCAUGGAUGGUUUCUCGGGAUAUAAUCAGAUCAAGAUGGCACCUGAAGACAUGGAAAAGACUACCUUUAUCACAUUAUGGGGAACAUUUUGUUAUAAGGUGAUGUCUUUUGGGCUCAAGAAUGCUGGGGCAACAUAUCAAAGGGCGAUGGUGACACUUUUUCAUGAUAUGAUGCACAAAGAGAUCGAAGUGUAUGUGGAUGACAUGAUUGCUAAGUCUGAAUCAGAAGAAAAGCAUAUUCUCAACUUAAGGAAAUUAUUUGAAAGACUGAGAAAGUUUAAACUCAGGUUAAACCCCGCUAAAUGCACGUUCGGAGUAAAAUCUGGAAAAUUGCUAGGUUUUAUUGUUAGCCAAAGGGGGAUAGAAGUGGAUCCUGACAAGGUACGAGCAAUAGUAGAGAUGCCUGCCCCUAGGACAGAAAAAGAGCACGAAGAAGAUGGGAAAAUAGAGCAUGCUAUAUAUUAUUUGAGCAAGAAGUUCACAGACUGCGAAAAGCGAUAUUCGUCGUUAGAGCGAACUUGUUGCGCAUUGGCAUGGGCUGCUCAUCGUUUAAGGCAGUAUAUGUUAAGUCACUCUACCUGGUUGAUAUCUAAGAUGGAUCCCAUCAAGUAUAUUUUUGAAAAGCCCGCUCUUACUGGAAGAAUAGCUCGGUGGCAGGUGCUAUUGUCAGAAUAUGACAUCGUAUACGUCACUCAAAAAUCUGUCAAGGGCAGUGCGUUAGCAGAAUACCUGGCUCAUCAACCCAUCAGUGAUUAUCAGCCAAUGCAACCCGAAUUUCCCGAUGAAGAUAUCAUGGCUCUAUUCGAAGAAAACGGAAAAAUUCGAGGCGAAGAAACGUGGAUAUUAUUAUUUGACGGAGCCUCGAAUGUGAUGGGGCAUGGCAUAGGGGUAGUUCUUAUCUCUCCAGAGCGGCAGUACACGCCAAUGACAGCGACGUUGUGUUUUAAUUGCACAAAUAACAUUGCAGAAUAUGAGGCUUGCGCUAUGGGUAUUCGAGCGGCAAUAGAGUCCAAAGUGAAAAUUCUGGACGUAUAUGGGGAUUCAACUUUAGUCAUCCACCAAUUAAAGGGAGAAUGGGAAACUAGGGAUGCAAAAUUAAUCCCUUACCAAGCAUACAUCAAGGGAUUAAUGAUGUAUUUUGACGUCAUCACAUUUAACCACCUACCGCGGGAAGAUAACCAAUUAGCAGACGCGUUGGCUACUUUGUCAUCCAUGUUUGAAGUUGACCAAGAUGCAGAGUUACCAAUGAUUGAAAUGAACAGCCAUGCGGAGCCAGCAUAUUGUCACCUCAUCGAGGAAGAGGUAGAUGGUAAACCCUGGUUGGCUGGCAGCUUUAUCUUGAAUGGGGAUAUUUUAUACAAGAGAAAUCAUGACAUGGUUCUCCUCAGAUGUGUGGAUGCAAAGGAAGCCGAGCUGAUAUUGAAAGAAGUGCACGAAGGUACAUUUGGCACCCACAUGAAUGGGCACUCAAUGGCCAGGAAGAUCUUGAGAGCUGGUUACUUCUGGUUGACCAUGGAAAAUGAUUGUUGUACACACGUGAGAAAGUGCGAGAAAUGUCAGAUGUUUGAAGACAAUAUGAAUGUACCGCCCACGACCUUGAACGUAUUAUCUGCACCAUGGCCAUUUUCGAUGUGGGGGAUAGAUGUUAUUGGGGCUAUAGAGCCAAAAGCUUCAAAUGGACACCGCUUCAUACUAGUCGCAAUUGAUUAUUUCACCAAGUGGGUCGAGGCCGUUUCUUAUGCCAAUGUGACUAGAAAGGUGGUGACCAAAUUCAUAAAAAGGGAGUUGAUCUGUAGAUACGGGCUACCUAACAAGAUUAUCACUGAUAAUGCCACCAACCUGAACAACCGGAUGAUGACGGAGUUAUGUGAGGAGUUCAAAAUUCAUCAUCUUAAUUCUUCUCCUUACCGUCCAAAAAUGAAUGGGGCAGUAGAGGUUGCUAAUAAGAAUAUCAAGAAGAUUGUACAAAAGAUGGUGGUCACCUAUAAAGAUUGGCAUGAAAUGCUUCCUUUUGCUUUACAUGGAUAUCGUACAUCAAUACGAACAUCAACUGGGGCAACACCUUUCUCACUUGUGUAUGGGAUGGAAGCAGUACUUCCAUUUGAGGUGGAAAUCCCAUCUUUACGAGUUUUAAUGGAAACACAAUUAGAGGAAGCUGAGUGGGUUCAAACUCGGUUUGACCAGCUCAAUCUCAUCGAAGAAAAGAGACUAACAGCAGCAUGCCACGGACAAUUAUACCAAAGAAGGAUGAAAAAGGCUUUCGACAAAAGGGUGCGCCCAAGGGAGUUCCAUGAAGGCGAAAUGGUGCUAAAAAAGAUUUUACCUACACAAAAGGAUCACAGGGGCAAAUGGACCCCAAAUUAUGAAGGGCCAUUUGUAGUAAAGAAGGCAUUCUCUGGAGGGGCGUUAAUCCUCACAAGGAUGGACGGAGAAGAGUUACCUUUACCGGUUAAUUCUGAUGCGGAAAAGCUUAUGCAGAAGGUAGUGUCCAAGGAGAACAUUGUAGACUCCUUUUUAAGAGUAUCAGGAGAACGGACCAAAGGGUCCUCUAUGGGAGGAGAUCUCAUCCUCGACGAGGAAGCUCGGUACAACCGAAACGCAAAAAGGUGCAAAGAGAAGUGGGAGAACAUCAACAAGUACUUCAAGAAAGUGAAGGAAAGCAACAACCAGUUGGACGCGCUAUACAAGAAGAAGAGCAAGGUAGAGGGCGUGACGACGGCGGUGAAGUGGAAAGCACGGUGGCGCCGCUGA